AUUGCUGGUCAGUGGUUAAUCCCAUUAGGGAAAAUAAAAUGGCGGACUUGGAUGAUGGUGAAGACGGGAACGAUUUUUUCCGCAGUUUUGCCGAUGUUCCCUUGAAUCCUCCGGAGAAAAGAGAUAUGUGUUCGAGGUGUAAGAGACCACUUGCAGUGUGUCUAUGCGCUCAUUUUCCUUCUCAUUUUCUUCAAAUAUCGACUACGAUUCACGUGUUGCAACAUCCUCGUGAGGAAUCUAGGCUUUUGACAACUGUCCCACUCCUGGAGGCUUGUUUGCCUCCAGAUAAAAUUGUCAUCAGACGUGGGAGAAGAUUCCACAAAAAUGAUUGGCCAGAUCUCCAUGAAUUACUCAACAAACCAACUACACUCCUUUUAUAUCCAGGACCUACAGCUGAAAAUAUAAAAACACUGGGUGAACCUCCCUUAGGAGAAAAUUAUGAUAUUAUUGUCCUUGAUGGAACAUGGAGACAAGCCAAGGAUAUUUUUCAUAACAAUCCAUUUUUAUGUCAAGCUAGACAGGUGCAAUUAGAGCAUGACCACAUCAGUGAAUAUGUGAUCAGAACCCAGCCUAACAGUAAAAGUUUAUGUACAGUUGAAGCCAUCGCUUUGUCAUUAUCUAUUCUGGAGAAAAAUGAGGAAAUUGCAGAGAUUUUAAUUCGACCUUUGAGGGCAUUGUGUAAAAUACAGUUGGAGCAUGGUGCUGUGGUACAUUUCAAUAAGGAAAAUGAAGACGAAAUCAUGUUAAGAGCUAAAAGACAAGAACGAAGUCAUAGAAAGAAAAUGGGUGGAUUGAGUGAAAAGGAAAGAUGACAAGAUAUAAGAAUAACGUCCAAGGAGAAACUCGUGAUUGACUAUUUAGCGUGGGUUUUUACCUUCCUUUUUAACCUUCAUUUUACCUAACUGGCGCUAUCGCAGAGCUUCUGGUUUGGAUACCGGUUUACAGAAUUUGUCCAAGAUAAGAAGAGGUAGACACGGGAAAACUUCGGAGUCCUAACUCAUUUGCUUUGUGGAAACAGUUUUGUGAAUCUGACUGUUCAUAUGUUUUUAAGAUAAUUUGUUUUUAUCAACUUAGUUUAUAAAGUAGCUUGGCCUUCGUAAAGAGUUUCUAAAGCUAAGGGUUUGAGCGUGAGCCCCCGUCACUUUGUUCAUGUGCUUUGUUCAUGGUGCGCUACAAGAUUUCAGUACAGGAUAUGAUAAUGUAGCAUGCACAGGCAAAACUUUGUCCCUUUUUAUUUAAGUAUCUCUUUGUGCACAUGGUUAUCAUUGAACCCAAAACUGUCGCACUGCGUUCACCAAGACGUGGCCACUCUUAUGCCUUUUUUAGCUCUUCUUUGCCCCUAGGCAGAAUUUUUCUGUAAAUAAAACUGAAGAAUACUUUAA